AACUAUUGAAAAGCCAGAUAUUCUUAAACAAGCUUUGGGACUAGAAAGAUGUGAUCCUAUUCCAGUAGAUCUUAUCGAAAAAGUAGAGAAAUUAGCCAAGUCUAUUGCCAUUAACAUAGUUGGAGAUGCAACUCGAAUUUCCAAAAGCCCUGCUCAUCGACAAAUUACGCUUACUCUUGCUAAUGGGCAUUAUUCUAUUGUGCCAAAUCCAGAUCGAUUCAAAAUAAAUACCGCUACUACUAAGCCAAAGAAGCCUUUAAUAUAUCAAGAGGAUGGAGUAAAUAACGUUGUAAAAAUAUUUGAUGGGAAAUCCAUACACCCCAUUACUGUUACAGAAUUACGAAAAUUACAAUCUAAAUCUCUCUAUGGGAAAUACUGUUAUAUUCCAGUCGCCAAAGAUGAAAUGCUAGAAGAUGCUUAUUCCAGAAUUCAUGAAGAACGAAAUAUUUUGCUAGAAGAAUCAAAAAAACUUGGUUUAUCAAUUGAUAUUUUCAUGUGUCACGCCAAUUAUAAGAAAGUUGCAUUGUGGUUAUUUGAAAGACUUAGCAAAGCAAUCCGUGCCAAUGAACCAUUAGAUCCUCUUGAAGCGAAAUGGAUUUCAGACUCAAUGAUGGGUGGAAUUAUUUGGGCUGAGAAUGACUGGAAAGGAUUUGGCAGACA